AUAUACAAGUGACAAUACACAAAAAUAGCCUCCAAAAAACUUUUCUUUUUUGUUAGUUCAGUGUUUGUUUGGCUGGUUUGCGUUGCCGCCCAAGACCCACGCCACGCACCGCGCGGCCAGUUUGAAUUGCGCGCCGCUCUUGCAAAAUUAGGUAAUUUGCGGUACGUUAGGAGCGCGCGGGGCAAGCCAGUGUUGCACAACGGCACGACACAUUGUCAUCAGUAGAGGGGGCGAAGAGUAACCGGUUCGCACAUUCCCACCCGGUUCGCGAAGGAGAGAAGAGGAAGAGAGAUAGAAGUAGAAGGGGCAAACGCGAAGUAGAAGAGGAAGAAAAGAAAAGCGCAGCUCUGUCCCGAUUCCGAAAAAAGUCUGAAAAUAGCGAAAUCCGGAACAACCAGGACACAAAGACUGCCAGAAGAGCGCCCGCAUCCCGCAUGCCACUCCCCGCCGGAUCGCGAGCGCCCGGAAUGGCCACGGAUCCGCAACAGCAGCAGCAACAAAUCCAAAAUAACCAGCAGCAGCAGCGAGUUCUUAAGCAGGAUGGAUACUUAGAUGUGGGCGAGGGGAAUGACGGAGGAGGCGGCGUUGGCGGAGUAGGCGGUGGCGCUGGAGGCGGAUCGGGCGGCACCCCCUCCCGUCCGUUCGAGAUGCGCAACGUCGUCUACCAUCCGCAGCUGAACGUGCUCCUGCUCUUCGGCCAGGGCAACACAGUCAAGGUGCUGGACGCCAACUCCGGAGUGAUUCUGCAAACUUAUCAGCUCGGCGCAAAUGGCGACAACAUACAGGGUCGCUAUAUGCCCCUCCAGGACAAGAUCCUGUUCUGGGAUGGCCACAACCUAGGCCUGCGCGGCGACUACAACGGCGUGCUCUUGCUGGACACCAUCCUGCAGGCGCCGAUUGGCCAGAACGACGACUACAUCAAGCUCGAGAUUAUACUCUCCGAGGCGAUCAUCUUCCAGAACUGCAUCAGCGAGCUGGAAAGUGAAGGACUGGAGUGUCCCUGCGAUAUCAGCAACGAGCUGACCCAGAAGAUCAACCAGGCGCAGUUGAGUGCCAAAAAGGGCAUAAAAGCACAGAGGUGGAAUACAAUCUGCUUGGAGGUGCCCUACUCCAGUUUGAAGCUGGUGGCCAACAAUGUCGUUAUUCUGCUGAAGCGGCUGGAGCGCCACAUACCCGUUUUGGCCAUCGCCUCGGCGAUCAACGAGCGCCUCACCGACAUGCUGAUGGGCUCUCGAGUGCCCGAAUUCGGCUUCGGCUACAGCAACUUCCAGCGCGUGCUGAUGCACUCCGAGUCGGUGCGGCGCCAGACCUUUGAGAAGUGGCCCCACAUGGACUACAAGUGGGCGCUACCAGAUCAGAUGGCCCAAGCUGGUUUCUACCAUCAGCCAUCCUCCUCGGGGGAGGACCGUGCCAUGUGCUUCACCUGCAACGUGUGCCUCGUCUGCUGGGAGAAGACCGACGAGCCGUGGAGUGAGCACGAGCGGCACUCGCCGCUCUGCCCGUUUGUCAAGGGCGAGUACACUCAAAACGUUCCACUCUCCAUCACCUACGCAACCAAUCCGGCCCUUCCUGCGCCGGGUCUCGGAUUUGAUAUCAUUUCGAACAGCGACUACGCCAAUGUCUUGUGCACCAGUUGCUCCCAAACCGGAGAGCUGAGCGUGUGGAGCAUCGAACGCCAUCUGAAGCUGAUGCACAGCAUCCAUGUGCCCACUCUGCUCAAGGACGUCUUCGAGGAGAGCUUCGAGUGGGCCCGGGUGACUGCGAUUUGUGUGCUCCCCAACGCCAGGGCACGCACCAAGGUAAACUACGUUUACUCGUCGGCGAAUUACGGAGGACCGUCGGGCGGAAGCGUGCCUGGCUCUCAUUCGGGCUCCACAGCCGGCUCGGGUGGAAAGUUUGGCAACGUGAAUGGCCAGACCAUAACAUCCACUUCCACACUGCGCGCUGGCGUCGUCGGCUCGAAGAUUGUGCUCGGGGUGAGUGUGCGCCAGAGCAGCGGCGAACUAGCCCUGCGAAUGGUGGUGCUCAAUGUGGUAGAGGCGGACCGAUCGAGCACCAGCGAGACCUCGGCCAGUGCGAGCAACGACAGCGGCAGCGUGUCGAGUAUGGGUGGUCAACUCAUGAAGUCCUCGUCUCCGAUGGUGAACGCAACCAACGAAACAAAUGCGGCUGUCACCCAGGUGAACAUGGAGUCGAAGGACGACGACAACAAAGCCAUGACGCCCUAUGAGAAGUUUACCGACGGAUUCGACAGCAAUGGCUUCGUCUCGGCUCUCAUGACCUACAACAAGAACAACGGGGUUAGCCAGAACACGGACGACGCCUCCGUCCUGUACGACUUCGAUUUGUGCACCUUGUCCCAAAUCCUGGACCACAACAUGGAGGAUCCGCUUAGCGGAAUAAUGGUUGGAGCGAACACCGUCAAUGUCAGCAAUCUGGGACUGAGCAACGAGAUCGAUAAGCUUGUGGAGGAUGCCGAGAUGGCGCACCAGAACAACAACAAUAAUAACAACAACAACAACAACGAGGCCAACUCCCUCGGCGGAAACUCAUCCAACAACAAUAACAUUAUGAUUAACGGAAGCACCAAUGGGAGCAGCAGCAGCGACAAGAUGUCGGCUUCCGAGGAGAUCGAUUGCGUGGUGGAGAGCUGGACGAGCGUGAAGAGAAUGAAUGCCAUGGAUGGCAGUGCCUCCAGCAGCAGUGCCAACGGAGUGGCCCACCACUCGUUCCAGGAGAUCAUUGAGAUAGCCGAGAUUCUGCCCACCACCCCCAAGUGCAAUCAGUUGCUGGUGAAACUGCUGCGCACCAAGGCCCCGGAAACGGAGGGCAGCAAAAUAAUCAUGGCCACAGUAGCCAAGGAGGAGGAGGAGGAAAUGGAGGAUCUAGAGCAGCAGCACGACGAAGCCAUGGACACCUACAACAAUGCGGACGGAAACGUGGCGGCGCAGCUCCUGGUAUUCGACUAUGAUGACACGCAGAUCUCAAACGACUACACGCUGGCCAUGACCUUCAGUCGAGCCAAGUGCCCCAAGCAGUUGUGUAUCCUGCCGCACUUUAACCCCUCCGUGGAGCACAAGGACACUGGCUCCAUUUGUGUGGUGUGCGCGGACGGCACCGUGGAGAUAUACUCAUUGGCCGACUUCCAGGGCACUACACUGAUUGAGGAGGAGGGCGAACACUUCGAGUCGGUGGUCUACUGCCGCAACCUGGACAGGUUGUGCUGCUGCUCCCGCCAGGGAGGGCUGUUGUUCUACUCGCUGAGUGAGGGAGAGAACGAUUCCGGCGACGAGCUUCUUGAAAUGGAGGACGACUGCAGCACCACACUGACUCACGCCGCGGACCUGAGUGUCACCGACGGCGCCCGCAACGGAGGAGGCGUGGCAGAUCAGAGGGGCAAUCCCUUGGCCGCCAGUGAUUCUAUUAGCGUAGAUGUGGCCAAUGAGGCGGCGGCCACUGGAAGCAAUCCCAACGGCGUUCAGACAUCUCCCUCGUCGGCCUCGAUGGCCGGAAACGCCAAUCUGCUGGCGUACAAGGCCACUGAUCUUACCUUGGACGACCUUAAAGUCUUCUACGCCCUCACCCAGUUCGACGACAAGCUCACUGUCUAUUCUGCCGAGGUGCCCAGUUGCUGGAACGAUCUCGGGCAGGUGCAGAAGCAGCGUAAGCAGUCGCAGAACAUGCGUCAUGGAGGCGACGAUCGGGACUUCACCCGUACAUGGAGAUUGCACAACGAUGCUACCACUUGGGACGAGCACAUCAUCGAGCUGAACCUGGCUCAGCCGGUCUCCUUGGGGCACAUCGACCUGAAGUUCACCGUGUUCCAGCAGUGCUCAAAUCCCGCAGCCAUUCAAGUUACCCUGCUCAAGCAGAACACCAAUGGAUUUGGCUACCGCAUGAAGGGCCCCCACGCCAGCUACAAACCCAACGUCAUAGACGACAACAUUGAUCUCUCGUAUAUUGCCAAUGACAAUCCCGUUCUCAGCGAAGAGUACUUGCUGGCCCACAACGCAGAAGUCCUGGCAGGGCCCAUCGAGCUCUCUUCGUGCAUCGACCUCUGCGACCAAGGAGGCACCGCCACGCUCACCUCGCCGAAGCUCUUCAAGACGCGCACUCGAAACUUCUUGCUGCACAUCAAGACAGUAUCGGACCCAUCGAAGGAGGGCCAGAACAAGACGAGGGCUUCACCCCAGCGGCACAAGCACUCGCAUCAAGUAGAGGCCUUGGUGCAGCACAAUAGGCCUUCUAAGACCUCCCUUAACCUGGCCAACAUGAUCAGAGUGGUCAAGAGCUCGGCCCUCAAAUUAGCGCCCGCCAUGAUAAACGCCACUAUUAAUAUCAUUCACAUGAACAAGCCCAAGUCCGCUGUCGCUGUCGAGACCCCGAUGAUUUUAAGCAAGCUCAUGAAACCCAAGCCCGCGGGCCAGCCCGCUGCAGUUGCUCCCUCAGUGGUGGCGGCGACGGUAGGACGCGCCCAGCAGGAGCAACUGCUAUCGUGUAGGGAAGGCUGCGAUUGGCUGCACGAGAUUUCCAUCAGUGUGCGGGCCGUGAAGUCCCACAGCCGGAUCAGCAAUGGACGCAUGCAGCGAAUCGCCAUGCUGGAGAGCAACAACCUGCUGGAGCAGCUCUUCCGGAUUGCUUGUGAUCCCGCCUCGAGCCCGUUGGCCAAGAACCUGGCUCUCGAUGUGCUCAAUUGGAUUUGUUUCAUCCGGCUGAAUCGCUACCGUUCUCCGAAAUCGGAGCGCUUGAAGGAGCACAUCAACAAGCAGACUGCGGCCGGCAUUCAGGACCUUCUGGCCCAGCAGUUUGAGUGCAUCUCCCUCUGCGAGAAGCACAUUGAACAGCUCCUGCGCAACUGCGUCAUAUACAGCGAACGGGGCACCGCGCACAAGUGUGUUAAGCUGCUCAUCAUGCUAACAGAGGGCACCACCAACCUGCCUGCGGAGCUGCAGCUGCAUUCCACGUUGGACAGUAGCUUCAAAGCUGCAAUUGCCAAUACGUUUCCUGAGCUGCCCAGGGCUCAGUGCGGCAGUGUGGUGCGCUGGUACAUGAUGCUCACAUGUGCCACCUCCACCGCCGAGUCCCACAACAGCAUCUCCGAGCAGGCCAUCGGCCUCUUGAAGGAAAUCGCAGGCGAGAUAGACAAGCGCUGGGAUCCGUACUGUGCCCUGUUGAGCACCCGGUUCGGACUCUACGGCUAUCCCUUCGAGCCGGAGAUCUUCGACUUUGAUUUCCCGAACAUUAAUCGUCACGGAAGCAGCUCUUCAGUGGCCCUCACAAAUGUUAUUCGCAGCAGUGCCACAAUCCUGCCUGUGACUGGAUUGGACAUCAAGCGGCUGAGCUCCAUAGACGGAGUUGACUUCCGCACUUUCCCGUAUCUCAUCCGGGGCAAGAGCAUAAGCAAUCAACUGCGCGGCUUGUUGGAAGUCGUCCAGCUCCACUUCACUUGCGUGCAAACCUCCGAGGCAACUCGCAUUGACAACAUAGACAGUGUGGCGGGCAGUGCCGCCGCCAGUGUGGUAAUCGAAGAUGUAAUGAUGCUGCCAAAGCUGGUCGUGGCCAAGGAGAAGGAUGAGGAACUGCUUAACGAUCUGGUCAACGAUGUCGAGUGCUUGGUGGAGGAAAUGAAGGAAAAGGAGUCUAAGGUGGACAGCGACACCUUUGGCUUGGUCAACGGCUUCAAGGACAAGACAUCUGUUUCCUCGUUUAUGGAUCUGGAGUACGCCCUUAAGGAAGAGGUCAAAAUCGAGAAGGCUGCCAUUAUGAACAAGAAGAUAUCCAAGUUCCUGCCCACCCUCACUCUGUUCGACAGCUACAUCAAGAAGAUCAACGAGCAAAUCUCGUUUGAUGACUUCGGGAAGCUGGACAAUUGGGAACCCAACAAGAGUGGCGCCACGAGCAGCAAUUUGAUAGCUUCCGACACCGCUCCGGUAGGUGCUUUGGACGAAACUCCGCGAGAGCUCCAGCAGCAGCCAGAGGCGGCUCAACAAGCCCCCUCAUCCGGGGAUAGUGUCCUGGACGAUGCCACAGAGAGUGAGAAGAUCUUGGAGCACUUGAGCGCCAAUCCCUGCCCGCCCAUUGCGUGGCACAAGCUGAUCACUCCGCCGCCAAAGCAGAUGAUUGUAAUCGAUCGCAUUCACUCGGGGGCGCGACGCUUCGUGGUCCUGGACUUUGGCCAACACAUUUUGCUCACGGACUUGGUUAUUCCCGCAUGCGAUGAGCUCACCUCCCUGAACAUCGACAUCUGGUGCUUCGAUGAGGAGACGGACUGCACACGCCUGGCCCAGGUCAACGACAUCCAAACCAAGACCUUGGUGUUGAGUGACAUUCAGCCUCCGCCGAUAUGUCGCUACCUAAAGUUGACCAUCAUAGGCAGGAUCGGCAUGUCGUCGACCAAGUGCAAGAUCCCCCUAGGCCGUUUCUUUGGCCACCCCGUUGUUCUGGAGCACGAUGGCUAUGGGGAUCAGCUGAUGCGCUACAUCAAGCAGCCGGCCCAGAGCCUUCAGUCGCAGCUCAAGUCCCUGAACGCUCUCUAUGAGGAUGUGCACUGUCGCUACAGCUUGGCCAGCUGCAAGCUCAUGGACCUGCUGGCCCCGAUGCGGAAUAGCGAGCUCUCCAACGUUGCCCAUCUGCAGGCGUUCAUCAACAAGCAGCGGGACGAGGAGCUGAGUGGCUUGGACAACAGCAAGGUGGUCACCCUCUACGAUGAAUGCAUGCUGCUCCAGUACCAGAUCAAUGUAAUCCGGAAUGUGGUAUUCCGCUUGGAGCGGGCUCUCUCACCGAAUGGUGCCUUGCGAGUCCCUCCCACUCCUGGGGAUUCUGUCGAGGAGAUUCUGCGCGCCGCUUCGCGAGACAAGCUGCGAGUGCUCAGCCUCAGCUUGGUCGAGGUGCUGCUCCACUUCUCCAUCGAGUGGGGCAUCAAGAACAUUCUGCCGGUGCACCAGAAAUUCAACGCAGCCACUGCAAAGGCGUUGUUCAACUCGCUGGUUGUGUACGGCGACGCCCAGCUGCAGCUGGCCACCUGCUCGCUUCUAGUGAGGAUGUGCUGCUUCCAGCCUUGGUGGGGCGACUUCCUGGCCGACACUUUCUGCAGCCUAUUCUCGGCUCAGAACUGCAAGGCUUUCCCGCAGGACCGUAUCUUCUUCCUGCUGACCUACCUGGGCCGUCGCAGCAUUGCCAUGGGCGCCUGUCGCUCCAUUGUGAUCGAUGCCGUCCUGAAAACGCUCGUCAAACUCCUGGCCCCCAUUUCACCGCACUACAAGUUCCAGUCCGAGCAGCCAAGCACAUCGGCCAGUGCUGCAGAACGCGGUGCUGCCAUGGGAGCUACCUCCGAUCUGCAGCUCAUCACCUGGCUGCUCCUGUUCCUCUCGGUGUGUCUGGAUGACAACGAGCGGAAGGACAAAUCCGCCGCUCGCUGGGACUUCAUGAGCUGCGAGAGCGACUUCACCAAGACAAGGCCCAACAAUACUCCGAACAGCAAGCAACUUCGGUGCUUCAAAAAGCGCAUUAUCCAGCAAAACAAGUACUCGGUGCAGCCAUACACGGAUUGGGGCAAAAAGAUCUACAUGAUUCAGAACGAGCACCCCGGUAUUUUCAUGGAGCUCUCUACCAAGUCGAAGGGAAGUGGAGCCAGCAAGUCUACCUCUACUGGGGGCAAGGUCAAUAUAGGCUCAUCCGGCUUGUUUGUUUCCGCUGGGAGCUCAGGCGCCAGCAGCGGAUCGAAGGGAGUUGGCUCUGGGACCACCGCUUCGCCGAAGCACCAGGACUCUCCCGUGGGCGACGCCGGCCAACGGGACAGCAACUUCGACAAAGGACUGAAGACACUGCGCAUGGCCAACAUAAAGGUGGUGAUUCGGGGGCUGUUCGCUCUGCUCCUGGAGAUGGACUUCGACUGCAACAUGGACCAGUUCCUGCUGACCUGCAAGGUCAUUGCCCGCCUUGUGGCCGCCUGUCGGCCGUCGGUGCAGCUGUGCAAGAUUGUGACAACAGCCCAGCUGGAGCAGCUCAUUCGCCUGUCCGUGUGGAACGACCAGCAGCAACCUUGGGCAGUGCACGCCAUCACCUGUCUCCUUCAGGAUCUCUUGGAUGCGGACAAGCAGUUCAGGGAUAGCGAUGCCACGCCCACAAACGAUGGGCAGCGAUCCAUGGAGGCAGCUGUGCAGGACACGCGGGAUCUGUUCAGCGAUUACACGUCAACUGCUUCCUCGUGCUCCGAGGCACAAUUUGAGAUGCUGAUGCCGACAGCAAGAGAGUUUUAUCAAGAGGCAGUCAAGUACAACUACCUGCCGUCGCUGAUCGAAUGCGACGACACGGAGUUCGACGAGAUGCUCAACGACAUCGACAUGAUAGAGCGCACCAAGCCAGUAACCAAGAAGGAGAGCAACGCGCUCUGCAAGAACACGUUCAACUUCUUCUGCAAGUCCAUUUCCAUAGCUCUGGACUCCCGCUUGGACGCCGGUCUGGAGCUACACGUCGAGACGCAGCUGAGGCGGCUGACGAACCGAACCUCGUUGGAUCUCUACUCCUCGCUGCCGCAGGUGCUCACCAACGAGUUUGUUUCCCCGCCACCGGAGGCUGCACCCUGGCCCGAAUAUCUAACUCAGUUGUGGUCGGGCACGGAGUACAACGGCCGCAACACGUAUGUGAUGUUCAAAACGGUAUUCGAUUCCAUUCUGGCGGAUCUGCAUUACGAAGACACAUGGGUCCAUCUCGAGCAAGUACUGCAGAUGUGGCUCACGCUGAACUGCGAACUGUCGGAUAAGCCGUAUUCCAGUGGGAUUACCCACACGGAUGUGCCAAAGAUUCCAUUUGGCGCCAACGCAGUUCAGGGACUGCUGCUGGCCCUGGCCUGGCACAACGACAUCAAGCUGCGCACAUGGUGUUUGGGAUUCCAGUGCUUGUUCCUCGCCUGCAACUCUCAGCCCAUUGGGGAGGACGUUGAUAGCACCAGGAUCAACGAAGUCAUAGUAAACGAUGAGAACUUCGAGAAGAUGCUGUUGCGCUUUUUCUCGGGCUACGGCAUGAGCUCGUCCAUAAUCACAAACCGCUGCGCUGGCCCAACCAUCUGCAAGCACUUGCACGAGCUGCUUCUUUGGCUGCACAGCAAGAGCGAAACCAGUGGCCUUCCCUGCAAGCGACGGCUGAAGGACAUACUGCUGCACGUGGUGUUGCAGUUGGUUCAGCCUGGAGGCGCCAUCAGCAACCAGCAAGGGCCCAUCGAUGCCCAGAACCAGCUGGUGCGCGAUGUGCUCCUGAUGCCGAACGACAAGGGCGACCUCAACAUAGCCUUGAAGAUCAUCGAAAGUGUUUCCUUCCUGGUCUACAAUAACAUAUCCAACGGCGAGAAAUUGCAGUGUCAGCGGGGCAACGAGAGCAACAAUAUCGGCAACAACUUCAGCAACUUGUUCGCCAAUGUACUGGGCUCGGAGAACCCUGCCAAGCAGAAUGCCACAAUUUGCGACAACUCGCUGAUCAUAAACCUGAUGAAGUUGUGCGGGCACAUGGUGCUGACGGAAAUGCCUCGGCAACCUAGUGAGGUCACGAUUCCCGAAGAGGAGGAGCUGUCCAACCAAAGUCAGACCGACGAAACCAAAGCCGAGCAGCUUAACACCGAGGGACACCGCAGCAAAGUGCCAUGCAUAGCGGAUUGGGUGCUGCGGCAUUUUCCCACAAUGAAGCGUCUUUUCGGCACGCUGUCCCAGUGUUCCACAAACACCUUCACUAUGUCAUCGGGAUGCUUCUUCUCCCUGAAGUCCAAUGUGGUCUUGGACGAUCCGCAGACCAUAGCGGACAGUGUGUUUAGUCUGAUGCUGACUCUGAGCGACAAGGCUUCCAACCCGCGGCUGGUGGUGGCGCCUAUUUGCCAGUACUUGGAAGAGACUACUAUUCAACGGAACGCCUCCUUGCCGCGGUUGCCUCUGUCGGAGCCCUUCCUGUGGUAUGUUUCCAAGAUUCUGGAAGUUACGGCGGCCGUGCAAACUUUCACCCAACUGGGGGGCAUCAUGAUUAUCUGCCACAACUUGGUGCGGCUCAAUAAGACAAUCAUUAACAUGCAGCCGGGAUUGAUCUCAAUGAUCAUGCAACACAUGACGCGGAACACACGCCUCAAACUGAACACUCACGUAGCAGCAAGCAAUGUCUGCAAGAAGUCUACCACUCCGGGCGGCACCACGGUGGCUGCGGCAGCUCAGCCACCGAGGAGUGGAGCCCAGUACGAUGGCCUGAUCAACUUUGCGCCCUUCUCUCACAUCGUGUCCGAGAACGACGCUGCCCAGAGCGCCGAGGUGCUCAUCUCCAAUCCCAACACCACGCACCGGCGGCCGCGAUCCCCAGCCUGGAGCUACAUGUUCUACCCCAAUGAGACUCAUGUGGAUCUCACCAUUACCCUGCCCACUGCGAUCCUCUUGAAGGAGGUGCAACUGGUGCCGCACACCUCUAGCUUGGCGUCCUGUCCUUCGGCAGUGGCAUUGGAGCUGUCUAGGGACUACGGAGUGGGCUCCAUCCCAGUAGGGGCGCCUAUGGCUACCACGGGACUGACCUGCAUUCGGCUGAAGCUAGCGAAGGCGGAGGUGGCCACAAGCAUAGUCCUGCGGUUGUACAAACCCAAGGACUGUGGAAAUGUCGGCCUGGUGCAGAUCGCUGUCCUUGGGCAGACAAUCUUUGGCAAUCGGUUGCAGGGCCUGCGGUCACAGGGUCCCUUCAUGGACUCUCUCGCGUCCUGUUCUACGCCGCUGCCAUCAGGAGCCUUGGCAGCCAUAGACUCGGACACCUUGCCCGAUGACGAUGCUUUUGCCAAGACUAGCAUCGGCUGGGUACGCAUCUUGUCGCGCUGCUUCCAUGUGGCCGCUCUGCAACCGGACAGUAAGCUCUCCGACUUGAUCGCCGCCUACCCAGCCUCCUAUCCAGGGUUCCUAGAGGCCUGCUGCUCGCUUCUGAACAUCAUGCCGAUGAUCCCGAGUCUGGCGCAGCAACAUCUCGAGACUAUACUGCUAAAGCUGGGGGCCUACAACCACGAGCUCAGUCUGCAGCUGUUAAGGACGCUCCUAUGGCACACCACGCCCCAAGUAUUUAAGCUCUCCAGUGACGCGGUGUGCGAUUUGAUUCAUGAAGUGGUAACCGGAUCGGCGGAACACUUGGUGGACAAGCUUCGUGUGCUCAUAGACUGGGUGAUGCAGCUGCACGACAACUACUCGAAGCAGGCGCGCUGCAACAACCCUCAAAGUGGCUUUGUGAAGGUCAUUGCGUCGAUUCUGUGGAGAGUUCACGCCCAGCAGCAGUUGCCCGAGCUGCCGCUGCUCAUCUCUUCCUCGCUGUUCGAGACGUGCUUCGAAUGGGUCUCGAACCUGGAGCACGAUGAGCCCCUAAAGAGCAGCUUCGAUUCCCUGCUCUGUGCCCUGUGCUACAUAAAGCCGGAGCUGUUCAAUCAGCUCUUGGUGAAGCUGGGGGUGAAGCUUGAGCCGCCGGCGAGGGGACAAACAGACGACAGCAAAGUUCAGAGCGGCAGCGCCUGGUUCCGACGCGCGGGCGGUGAAAACCUCACAGUUCUUCUGCAGCGUCCCACAUUCCUCAAGACCCUGGCUCUGGCCUGCCAGUCUCCAGCAGCUGUCUAUCAGAUGUUGGACUCCGGCUUACCCAAACUACUGGCCCACGCGAUAUUAGAGUACUGCACCCAUCUGCUGCCAGGGUCAGAGCAGGGAAGCGCUGCCGCGGCUGCGACAAGAGACCAAGCUACUUUGUCAGCACCCAGUGAAGAGGAUUCCUCGCUCACGGACUUUGACAAAGCUGAGGCGAACGCCAGUAAUAAUGCUCCGCUGCUAAGCAGCACAAACGUACCAAAAGUCCUAGACUUUUUCGCGGAAUGCUGUGCCGAAGGACCCAUGCGGGACUGGCUGGGUACGAUGCAGGGCUCGGUGUUCUGGAAACCUCUACUCCAGCUGCUGUGCAAUACCCAUGCCGCUCACUUCAGCAAUACCCUGCCCAUGCAACAGACCUUCAUAAGGCUGGAACGGGCCACCAUCAACUUCUUCACAAGAGUGAGCGCCUGCCACCCCGGCAACCAGGAGGUUUUGACCGCCUUGCUGAUUGGGGCCAUCAUUUGCAAGCCACUGCGCUCCCCGCAAGGAGUCCGGCCCACCAUCUCUGGCUUCACCCGGCAGUUGGUGCUGCAGCUGCUGCUAGAGAAUGAACACAUCAACGUGUCCGUUAGGAGUAUGCAGCCGCUCCAGCGUCGGGACACCCUUUCCGCCAUCAUGGGCGGUGCUUCGGGAACGAGCGGUGCCAGCACCAGCUUGCCCGUAGCGGCGGUUAACAACCACCCAGCCAAGAGGAGCAGUGCCCACCACAUGCUCUUCACAGUGACCACCAACACCACAUGCCAGGAGAUUAUGCAGAAUUGCGUUAGCGUGUUUAGUAACUUAGUUUACCAACAACCAACAGAUCAAAGGGCUGGGGAGCAGACCAGCUCUUCCACUUCCGCCUCGAGCAGUGGACUUGCCGGCGGAAGUGCCGCCAAAUCCUCUGACGGCAAGAUCGACAAGAACAGCUUCAUAAAUUUCAACAGCAUGGAGGCGGGAAGCAUGGAGUUCCUUACCGUGGGAGCCGCUGUGGCGGCUAAGGACAAGCGGAUCAAGGACGCCAAAAACCAGGCGGCGGUCAACAAGGACAAGGAGACGCAGACUAAUAGCCUAAACCUGGCGCCCAACAUUUUCAACGUGGAAGAGUUCCUCUUGCAAACGGCCAAUGCUGCCAAUGGGAAUCAGCUGGUGGUACCCGAGUAUCCGGACAUACUGCUAGCUGGAGAUGCCACCAUCUCACAGGUUUUGGCCACCUUACGAGACGCUGGACACUCCCUGUCGACGCCUUGCAUCACGUUCAACCUGGUCCCCCAACAGCGGGGGUCAGAUGAAGCCAUCGAUGUCAAGAAAACCAAAGCCGUCUGCACGGAACCAUUGCCGUCUCCCUUGCAACGGUUCUCGAGCAGUGGUGGUCUCUCCCUGCUAGCCCAUUAUCUGCCCACCGUUUACCCAGAGCAUUCUGGCCGCAAGGCAACCUCGGUGACCAGCGAAAAGGAGAAGAGCCCCCCGCUCUCGGACUGGGUCAAGUUGGAGCCCAACGAUGAGAUUUACGAGGACUUGGAGGACACCAUUUGCGAACCGGCAGCGAAGCAGACAACUGUCAGCUCGGUACCGCAGCAUUCGCUGGCCGCCUUUGGUCUCUUUUUGCGCCUGCCCGCCUACUCGGAUGUCCUGCUGAGGGACAAGCUGCGAGCUCAGUGCCUGCUUCGCCUAGUUCUGGGGGUUACUGGGGACGGUGAAGGAAAUGACAUUUACAGUUUGUCCCUCGCGCCCUCCCUGCCCACAUUGCCCUUUGAGGUUUUCCGUCAACUUCUGGACAGUGUCCCGCUCUCUACGGACGAUGGAGUUUUGCUUCGACGCGUCGUUAUCGAGGUGGGUGCCAUGCACCUGGUGCUCAACUGCCUGGGCAUUUUCUCGCACCAAUCGCACAACAGCAGAAUCGGAGCCCCAACCUCUAGUUCGGUUGAUCCCUCCCCCAGUGGAGGAAGUAGCGGAAGUAGUGGCAACGGAAACGGCAACGGAGGAAAGCCCAGUGCAGCUGCGGAUGAGGCGACGCCCAGUGCCACCUCCGAUGACAAGAGUCACAUGUACUGGGCCAAGGGAACAGGCUUUGGAACGGGAUCGACCACCCAGUCGUGGAAUGUGGAGCAGGCCUUGCUGCGUCAGAAGAGCGAGGAGGAGCACGUAACCGUGCUGCUCCUGGUUUUGGCCAGCUAUAUCAAUCCGGGUGACUGCAUUCCCAGCGAAAUGUGCGGUAGCGACAUUCUGACGUACCACGAUGUACGCGAUGUAACGGGCGAACUGCCGCCCAUCUUCCAAACCCUUCUGCAGCAGUCCUGUCUGAUACCCGCCCUGAGCUCCUACCUGCGCAAUGAUUCUGUGCUCGACAUCACCCGUCACAUUCCGCUCUACCGUGCCAUUCUGAAGUUGCUCAGAGCUCUCUCCCUGUCCAAGAUGCUGGUCUCGUUGCUCCAGCCGUCAGUCAGCGGCAGUGGAGACAGCACUCCUCCCAUUGCCGAGUUGCUCACCAACAUGAAGACCUGCGUGGAUACCUACGCCAAGAGGCUGAAAGUCAACAAAAAGUCAAAUAUCAAAGGUCAAACCCAUCAGUUGACCUUCAAUAUCGACGACGGCGACGAUGAGGGGCUAGCCCUGCUCAUUCCGGACAUUCACGAGACAACCGUGCUCGUCCAGAGGACCACGGACGCCGAUGCGUUGGUCAACAAACUGCACUCCAAUGAGGACGGCAGUGGUCAGGUGGAGCGUCCGCUCAGCAAGUCCAUCGAGCAGCGCUACCUUGAGCUUAUGAAGAAACGCCAGUUCGACACAUACGACAUGAUUGUGGAGUCGGACAACAACAGCUUCCGCUUUGUGGUGGCGCACCACUUUGAGAAGAUGGUCCGACUGGCCGGCGACCGCUAUCAUCCGUCGCGGGUGAAGCGACUGGCCCAGGAGGCGGUGACCUUAUCCACUAGUUUGCCGCUGAGCUUUAGCAGUUCUGUGUUUGUGCGCUGUGAUACUGACAGAUUGGACAUCAUGAAGGUACUCAUCACCGGACCGGCGGACACGCCGUACGCCAACGGUUGUUUUGAGUUUGAUGUCUUCUUUCCGCCGGACUACCCCAACCUACCCAUGCUCAUAAACUUGGAGACUACGGGCCGACACUCGGUGCGCUUCAAUCCCAACCUCUACAAUGACGGAAAAGUAUGCCUCUCGGUGCUAAACACCUGGCAUGGCCGGCCAGAGGAAAAGUGGAAUGCUCAGACCUCCAGCUUCCUCCAGGUUCUCGUCUCCAUUCAGUCGCUCAUCCUAGUUCCGGAGCCGUAUUUCAAUGAGCCUGGGUUUGAGCGCAGUCGCGGCACUCCCAGUGGAACUAACUCGUCCAGGGAGUAUAAUAGCAAUAUAUACCAGGCCUGCGUGCGCUGGGCGAUGCUGGAGCAGAUCCGCAACCCCAGUCCCUGCUUCAGAGAUGUCAUUCACAAGCACUUCUGGCUAAAGCGCGAGGAGAUCUGCCAGCAGAUCGAGGGCUGGAUUGAGGAGCUGAGCAAGCCUCAGUACACAGAACGGGCCAGUCGCACCAUAUCCUUCAACUCGAUGGUCCUUAGACGCCACUACCGCCACUUGCGCGAAGAACUGGCCAAGCUGAAACCGCCGCGUGGCUUGGAGGACUUGGACGCACCCUUUAAUCCAGUGGCCACACUACCACUCAUUGAUGUUUCUGCAGCGCCGGUAGCUGCUAGUGGGACGACCAAUGUCCAGGUGGGAACGGAUGACACAAUUGUUCCGGAGCUUAACCUGCUAAACGAGAAUGAGGUCGAUGGAGACGGAGAUGCUGAUGCAGAUGCGGAUCCGGAAGAGGUCGGGACGCCCACAUACUUCAAGUUCCCUAAGGAGGAGGAAGCACUGGAAGAGGUGGUGGAGAUUCUCAGUGAUACUGAGAACGAGAGCACUGUGUGGCAAGAAAAAGAGGAGGAGGAGGAGGAGGAGUCGCCGUGAAUUGGGCUUAGCUGCUGAAAAGAGACGAAUGUGAUCUUGCUGCAUCUUAAAUGCCCCAUAUACUUUUAUUUAUACGAUGCUAACAGAAGGAGUACGAGUUCGAUGCGUUCUGUUUUACCGCCUUUAACUGUUUUAAUUUUUGUAAGAGAGAGACUGCAACAGAACUUGGUGUGCUUUACUUAAAUUGAAAAUCAUAAUAUUAUUAAUGCUAAAUUAAAACAAAAAAAAUUGCUCGUGCAGACAUACUGAGAUGCCUAAACUAAAAACAGCGAAUAUGCACUGUCAGAAAAUACUUUCCAUUCAAAAUGAAUAUCCCACAACUCCAUACAAAUAUGUAUGAUUAUUGUAUCGAACUUUUUAUAAAUGCUUAUAUAAACGAAAUCUAUCGAUUUCUACAAGAAUUAUAAACCCGUGUGUGUAUAGAAUAGGCAUGCAGCAUGCGAGUCAUUGAAUAUAUCACAACUACAAAAAACAGUAACGAAACAGAAAACAAAACCACCAAAACCAAAUUAAUGUGUAUUACAACUAUGAAUGUACGUAGUAAUUUAGUUAAAUAUUUACAGCAAAAUGUGAGAGCAGUUACUUUUUUCAAUUGAAAUAAAAACGAGAAAUAUAUUGUUUCCUCCAAAAUCAUAAAA